AGCAUGUCGAUGCCUCGCCAAGACGCAAAGUGCUCGGUAUAUAAGCUCUCGGUGUCCAGCGACAGACAUCAAUCGACUCAAGUCAAUCUCAGUCAAUUAAACCUCACUAAACACACCAACAAUCAACAUGAAAUUCUUCGUUGCAUCAAUCCUCCUGAUGGCCCUGAUCGCCGUAGCGAUGGGUAAGCCAACCGAAGUAGAAUCCCUGGAGCCAGUUAAGACGGAAUCGGCAUCUCAUCAAGAGGCAGUCCCGGUAGCGGAGGCAGUUCGCGAUAAACGGGGCAUCAUAUUGGGAGCGUACACCGCCCCGGUGGCUUACACCGCAGCUUACACAGCACCGGUGGCCUACACGUCGGCAUACAGCUACCCCUAUGCCUACUCCGCCUACUCAGCCUAUCCCUAUUACGCGGCUGCCUACAGUUCACCCUACUACUUGGCCUAGAUUUUGACUUAAAUCCACUGCACGGACUACUCUACUAGUGACUGCUCGUACACCCUCGAGACAACUCACUCUCGCUUCCUUAUAUUGCAUUCCCAUGGAUUCAUUAUUGAUUGUACAACUAUUCAUUUUAUUAUUAUUGUUAUGUCUAUUUUUUGACGAUAAAUAAAUAUUAAUAAAGUAGAGAAUAUAUAAAUAUA